AUGAAAAAUUGUUCUCAGUCUUUUUUAUUUACUACAAAGCUAUCAUAAAUUAUCCGAAACGGAUGUACUGUUACUUUAACUGUCUAUCCUGACAGACUAUCAUUGAGUGGACUUAAGAAAUCGAGUCUGAGCGAGAAAAUUGAAAAGGAAAUCAACUUUUAAACUACUCAAUAUGUUCUUAAUUGGGAUUACUCUAAGUAAGAUAUAAGUAUAAUCCUCUAGCCAUUCCAAAGCCAUCGAAGGCUUCAGUCUUUGUAAACAUGAUACUCGGAAGUACACCUUCGGCGGAAGCAGUGACCAGCUCAGCUAGUUAAAAAGUAUAUUAAGUGGUUUGAUGGCUUUCUGUGACUGGGAAAAGGAGUUCAAGUAUGUGAAGCACAUUAAAAACAACUAGAAAUGCCAGGUAUCAUUAUUUACAAAUCAUUUUCAAGAUAAUCCUCGCCAAAUAACAAAACUAGUUCCAGGUUCUCAAACUCAUUCGUCAUCAAGAAGUAAAUAACCAAUGUUAUACAAAAUAGACUCCAGAAGAAUUACAAGCACUCAAACUCAUCCAAAAGAACCCUCACCCGAAUGUACUCGGUUUCAACUCAUAUUACGUUGACGAUUUGAAUUGCUACCUCGCCAUGGAUUACCUAUCUCAAGGCACACUCUACGACCUUCAGAAAAUGUACAACAACAAAUUGCCAAUCAACAUCAUCCAAGAGAUUAUGUAACAGAUUUUGGAGGGUAUUAUUUUAUAUCUAGUAAUAGGUUUAAAUCACUUGCAUUAAUUAAAAAUCAUACACAGAGAUGUUAAAUAUGACAAUAUCAUGAUUGCCUCUAUCAACCCUCUCAAAAUCAAAAUUAUUGAUCUGGGUCUCUGCAUGAUCAAUUAAUCUCCCUAUUCCAGAGCUGGCACUGGAGGGUACAUUGCACCAGAGGUUUUUUUAUCCUAGAGAAUCAAUGAAAAAAUUGAUGUCUUUAGUGCCGGAGCUGUAUUUCACAAAUUACUUGUCGGUAAACCCAUCUAUGAAGACCUUGGGUAAAAUCAAGCAGGCAAUAUUCGAAUCAGUUCUAACAUCCAAAACGAAAAUGCUCUCGAUCUAUUGCAUUAGAUGCUCAACUUUGAUCCCAAAUUAAGAUAUAGUGCCUACGAUUGUAUAGCUCACCCCUUCUUCACUGAUGAAUCUGAUUAGCUCUCUUCGAAGUAUUUAUAUCCUCUUAUCCAAGGACGGAAUUGUUUUCAUAUUUAUCACCCAAACAAGCUAAGCUACAGGUCUUGACUCCAGCAACAGAUUUCAUUUCUAACUAAAAUGUGCACCCAUUCAAACUGAAUUGA